AUGCUCUUCGCCUGCCUUUCUCCUUCCCUGCGGAAAACCAACUCCGGCCGCCCUAGGGAGAGCGGCGGGACGGGACUGGGACGGGACGGGCUGACGCCUCGUUCCCCUGGCGCCGUCAGGCUGGAAGUCGCGGCGACUGAAAUACCACGACAGAAACACGCCAGCGCGCCCGCGAAACGACGCUUUCCGCUUCAGUCCGGCAACUUCCCGGCGGGCCCGGAGGUGCCGCCUCUCCCGGCAGGGGCGGCAGACCUGCGCCGCCUCCCUCCGAGGUGGCCCCGGCGGCCCCGCUCAGCCCGCCGGGCGUCUUCCCCGCCCCGCCGCCGCUCUCCCGCCGGAGCCGAGGCGCCGCCGUCCCUCGGAGCCGCCCCAAACGCCCAAGUGCCUGAGGCCGUGGUGCCCACGAAGCUCCAGCAGCCCCCCGCCGUCCUCCGGCGUGGGCGCAGAGCUGUCGGCGCCGGGGCGCGCUCGGCCUCUCCUUCCCCCUUAGGAGAUGCCCAAGCCCGUGGGCCGAGGUGCCCGGCUCCCGGGGAGGCGGGAGCCGUGAGGUGUUCGCCAAGUGCCCGGCCCCUGGUUAAGUUCCCGGUAAUUGAGGUGGUGCCUACCGAGAGCUGGAAAGCUAUCCAUUGCAAUCUGAAUCCAAAUGGUAUUGAUCACCCUGUCCCCACAGAAGGUAUUAAUCUGCAACUUGAAGGUGAAGGAGUUGAAUCACCCUCUGUUAAGAGCACUAGUACUCCAAAAGGGCCUGAGUCAAAAGAGACACCCAAGAGACAAGUGGAACCAGAAAUAUCUAAGUCUGGGACUGUGAAGCUGACCAAGCCUGUGGCAUUAUGGACCCAGCAGGAUGUCUGCAAAUGGCUGAAGAAACAUUGCCCUAAUCAGUAUCAAAUCUACAGUGAGUCAUUCAAACAGCAUGACAUAACUGGCCGUGCUUUGCUGAGGCUUACUGACAAAAAGCUUGAACGAAUGGGCAUUGCCCAGGAAAGCCUGCGACAGCACAUUCUGCAGCAAGUCCUUCAGCUGAAGGUGAGAGAAGAAGUCCGAAACCUCCAGCUACUUACACAAGCCCCAGCAGAGAGCUCUCCAUAAACAUUUCCAGCCUCUAAAGCUGCUGUCCUGCCACUUGAUAUUAAAGUGAACUUUCCUUCAUGAAAAGAACAUAAUAAAUGGCACUGCCAGAAGGUGACCAUGGAGGAUUGAAGACAAACUUGGAAGUAAAAUCAGCCCACUCAAGAUGAUGCAUUCUGGGAAGAGCUGGUUUGCUGUGGAGUAAAAAUGUGGUGCAUAAUAUCCAGUGCUAAUUUGUUGAAAAUGGUCAUUGACAGACCUUUAGCUGGAAAAUUUCUUCCAGUUUUCAUCACUGUGCAUAACUUUUGAGUUCCCUUUAGGGGACUGUCUAUGCCCUUCACUAGAAGUCCUGUUUUAGCAUGGCAACUACUGGAUUCUUUUAUUAUGUAUGCAGAUGGCAUGAUGUUUUAGGAAAAACUUACAGCAAUUCUCCAAUCUCAGUGGAUAUGUUCACAAUAUUAAACCCCGAUAGGAAUGUAAACGUCUUGUAUAUGUUAGUUUUGCAGUCUAAUGGUAUUCUGUUAAACAAUAUCAGCACUUCAUAUGUGCUUUCUGCACAGAACUAGCACAGUCCAUAUAUAUAUAAUGGUCUUUUUUUAAAAUACUGAGGAUACGUUUCAGUAUUUGUGCUGAGACUGCAUCCAAACUGAAGUCCACUACUAGCAUACCUUCACCGAUUCGCAGUAGAUUGUGUAGAUAGAUUUGCACGUGGCAGAGGUGUGACUUCUUUUAUCGAGACUUAGGGAACAGCUGUCACAGAGGUAGCCAAGAACAGGGCAGGUUGAAUGAGCUGUAGGACGCUGUGUCUGCUCUCCCUCUCAUCCACCAAAUAUCAAAGGUUCUUGUUUGUAGUGUGCCAAUGUGUUUUCUUACUCAGCGAGGGAGCAGCAAGGGAGAGAGCCUUUGUCAGAGAUGUGUGUGACCCUGGGUUUGGUCUACAAUAAAACCAGAAUAAACUGGAA